GUACUUGACAAGAUAAGAAUUCUAGUCGUUUUCACUCAUGAGAAAACACAACAGAAUGCUGCUUCUUUUGGUACUCCUUGGUACUGUUGAUUGUUUCUUGGAGAACAAUCCCGAACCAUCAAUAUCCGAACAGGAUCUUGCUGGCCAAGUUCAGACACUGAUGGCGAAUAUCAUACGGCUUCAAACUGAUGUCAGCGACUUGAAAAAUCAAAUAUCGGUGCUAAACGCAAAGGAUAAGAGCAUUGCAUUUUUCGCUUAUCUGACUACCGACCUUGCAAACCUUACACAGGGAACCAGUCUGGCCUUUUCCGGUAUCAGGACUAACGUAGGAAACGCUUAUGAUCCAUUUCAUGGAACUUUUAGCGCACCUGUUUCUGGAACCUAUAAUUUCGCCUUUACCGGUUCCGCAACUCCAAAAACCCAGGAUCACGGCCUACACAUCUUUCUAAAGAAAAAUGGAAUUAAUGAAAUGUACAUUUUCUUCGACCAUAAUCAACAUGAAUGGAUUCAACAUGGCGGCUCUGUUGUACUCGAUCUCGAGAAAGGGGAUAGAGUUUGGUUGGAGGUGGGUCAGCAGUGGGGGGUUAAUGUACUCGGGGGGAGUCGAGCUGUUGACAACGCCUAUCACAGCCAUUUCUCGGGAUUUCUAAUUCAAGCACAUUGAUAUGACGAUUGACGAAAUAUUAUUAAAAUGUGCUUUAUGA